UUCUCCAAAAAAACGAAAAAAAAAAAAAAAACCAAAACAAACACAACCCACAACAAAAUGUCCGGCGUAGCCCUCUCCCCCGACCAGCCGCCGGCGUCGGCGCUCGCUGCGAAGCCCACGCGCCGCCAGCAGCAGGCGUCGCUCGGCGGCAUAAUGGGGUCGCUCCGGCUCAUCGAGCUCCAGCUCGUCGCCUUCAUAAUGGUGUUCUCCGCCAGCGGCCUCGUCCCCCUCGUCGACCUCCUCUUUCCGGCCGUCGCCUCCGCCUACAUCCUCGCGCUUUCGCGGUUCGUGUUCCCCACGCGCCGCCGCCCCUCGCCGCUGGAGCCCCGGAUGUUCGAGGGGUCCCUGGUGUUCCGGGUCUACGUUUUUGUGGGGACCACCGUGGGCCUGUUCCUGCCGCUGGCGUACGUGCUGGGCGGGUUCGCACGUGCCGACGAGCAGGCGGUCCGGUCCGCGACUCCGCACCUGUUUCUGCUGUCGUUUCAGAUAUUAACGGAGAAUAUUAUAAGCGGUCUGGUGCUGUUCUCGGCGCCGGUCCGGGCCCUCGUGCCGCUGCUGUACACGAUUCGCCGCGUAUUUGUGCUUGUUGAUUGGGUUAAGGAUGUCUGGAUCGAUAAGACCCUGCCUUUCAAUCCCCCAAUUCAGGAUGUAGUGUGGUAUUGGUUCGGGCGGGGAUUGGCAGCGGCGAACUUGGGAUAUUUCGGGCUAAAUUUGACGUGUUUUUUGAUACCGCGGUUUUUGCCUCGAGCCUUCGAGUCGUAUUUCAAGGAAAUAGACGACGAGACCCAUGCCAAGAUGGCUCAGGACAAGCCUCACCCAACGCCAGAUAACAACCACCUUGACGAUAAGAAAGCUGAUUAAUUCAUUUUUUUUUUUCUUUUUGUUUUUUUUAUAUAUACAUAUUUUUAAAAUUUAUCCUGUUCAGAAAUGUUUGCAUGUAGUUGGCUUCUUCUUUUUUUUUUUUUUAAAUUUUCUUGUAAUUGAAAAUGUUAGAAAGACAAAGUGAUGCCUAUAUAUAUUAUAUGUAUUGAGCAAUCUGUCUAAGAAUUGCU